AUGUUCAUAUCAUCUAAUGUCCUACCGGAAAUGGAAACGCACCAUGUAGAAGAUAGAGAUCUUCGGAAACGAGCCAAAUUCUUGAAACGUUGCAAAGAAGCUGUUUGGAAACGAUGGGCAAACGAAUAUGUGCGAGGGUUACGCGAACGACACAUCAUGCUUAAAGGGAAGCCUUUUACCCUAUUGGUCGGAGACGUUGUUAUAAUUAAAUCAGAUGAAAGAAAUAGAGCAGAAUGGCCGCUGGGAAUUGUACACGAACUAUUCGAAGGGAAAGAUGGUGUCGUAAGAGCGGUAAAGCUACGUGCGGGGAAAAGUUUCAUGGAACGACCAGUGCAACAUCUUUAUCCAUUAGAGUUAAGUUGUGACAUUGGAACCAGACAGACAACCAAGACGACCACCGAGUUGAAUGCAGAGGCCACCGAGUUCAGGCCGAAAAGAGACACAGCUGUUGCAACGAGGCUUCGCAACCAGAUGAUCGUUGAUGAUUGA